AAUCAGCAUUAAAACAACAAUAACAGUAAUACAUUUAAAAAAUAUUAAAUGUAUUUAAAUGGUCGGAUGUUUUUGUAUUUUCGGUAUCGUGUUUUAUUUUUAAGGCGUUAGGGAAGUAACGCGUUCUUCUCGGGAUGAGCGCCCGGUUUGUUGAUGUAUAAAUCAGGCAUCUGUGGAGUUAAACUGCUCUGGAAAUGACUUACCGACUGACACAAGAGGAGCUGGAUCAACAAUUUGAACAGUUCUUGAAAGAGUCUGUGUCUGAUGACUCUGUUGAUUUGGGCAACAGUUCUAAGCGUCCCAGUGUCCUGGAUACCCUGGGAAAGGCACCUCAACAGCAACAAGAGAAGAAAAGCCAGGAGACUGUACCUUGGUGGCAAGAGGAUGAGGACAGUGAUGAGACUCAGAAAAAAGUAUUAGUCCCCUGUAAGCCCAUCCCUAAACCCCGAAGCAAGACACUCGACAAAGUUAGACAUCAAGGCAAGGUCCGUCUGCCUAAUGAAGAGACUGAACACAUUACAUCAAAGCCAAAGGUUCAAUCUUCCGAAAUGUCCAGUCAUUCAGAAGGAAGAAGUGUCUCAGAAGAUGAUGAUCUCACUGUGUCAAGUGGUACAAGACCAGAUAUCCCUGAGAACUUGCACAGUUCCAUUGAGACUGCCUCCAAUAAUACUCCUCCAGCAAACAGAAAGGAUGAUUCACAGAACAACAGCGAUGGAAUGAUGGCUCUUGGGAAGACUUUCCGAAAAUCUUUAAGGAAGUCCCAAACCAUCCAGGAGGUUGAUGAAGAUCAGGUGAAGGAGCGACAUUUCCAUGAUGAGCCCAAAGAAGGCGAUUUCAUGUUCAGCAGAGAUAGUUUAGAACCAGAAGAUUCACUAACGAUAUAUGGAUCAGCACAGAGUGCUGCUGCUCUGGGCUUGCAAACGCUUAAUGAGAAAGAGGAGCAAGCAAGGUUUUUUGCCAACAAGUGUGUGUCUGAAGAAUCAAGAUUAAGUAAAGACCAGGAGUCCUUCAGCUCCGGCCUUGUCUCUCCUCAAAGGAAGGAAGAUGCAUCUUUAAUGAAGCAGAAUCAAAAUGAUGAAGGAGAUAAUGGUUCUGUGAAAGACACUGCAGCAUCCCUUGCUUACAGUGAUGAUUUUGAGGAUGAGGCAAGCGAUAAAGAACCUGAAGAGAAGAGGCCAGAAAGGUAUGGCAUGCUGGCUAAAGUGUCACUGCAUGAUUCUCUGAACUCCACGGAUGGAGCUCCAGUGCCUGCUUUUCCUAGUGAUGUGGCAGAGAAAACCGAAUUUCCAAACUCCAAAACAGCACAGGCAGCAGUGCCAAGCACCACAGGACUGUCAUAUGGUCAGAGCGGGGCGAGUGACAUGGAGGCUCUGCAGGAGGCCUACAGGCAGAUCACUCACUCAGUGGGUGAGUGUGAGGAGCGUGAGAAGGAGCAUAGCAGGAGUCCCUCCUCUCUCUCCACUCCAGAGUGUUUGAAAAGAACCACACAGCACGCCUCCACUGCAGAAUCAGAUUUACCCACUGCCGAAGAACUGAUGCGUGCUAUCAGGCCAGAAUUAGGAAUCACCUUUGGAUUGUGUCUUGAGCCCCUAAGUGAAGCGGCUGGAGACAAGAAGGCUCAAAUGUUGGACUCUGAGGGCCAUGCUACAAGAGCAAAAGCUACACAGGGUUCUAUGGCCAUGGGAAAAGCAGAUAGUGAGAGUCAUGCUGCAGUGGAGCCAUGUCAAACAUCUUACAAUUAUGGACAGAGGAGCAUCACAGAAGAGGUGAACCGGCUCAUGCAGGAGCAGGAUAACUUUUCUGAAGUACCUCCGGUUGCUUCUCGUAAAGGCAAGAAACCUCAGGUUCCAUGCAGGUCCACUACUACAGUUUCUUCUGUUGCCUCUGGUAAAGCUUCAGCCUCAUCUGUGAAGAAUAAGAAAUCUGACAUCAAGCCCUUACCCAGAGCCUCCAUACUAAACAGACCUAACUGUUUCGCUAAACCUCCAUCUCCACUGACUCAAAAAAAGAGCCGAAACCAGACCUCAAAAAGGAAUCCCUCUCUUAAUUCUACGCAUAUUGUUAAAGGUCCAGACUCAGGUUUAAAGGUGAGCAAUGAGCUUGUUGCUUCAAUACAGUCCAUUGCUGCUUUUUUACAACACCGAAAAGAAGAAGAUGGUCCAUACACUGGUUGUUCUGACCAGUUAGACAAUGAUACACAUCAGGCAAAACAGAGCAAAAGGGAGACAGAAAAUGAGAGCACUGCAGCCAGAGGCCAUGGCCUUGCGAUGGAGUACUCCAUGCUUGAGCAUAUGCGUACGCAGCUGGAUCAAAAAGAGAGAGAAUUUCUCCUAAGAGAGAAGCAGCUCCAGGAGGAGCAUAGCAAGGAGAUUAGCUCUCUCAAACAAGAGAACUACAUGUUGCAAAGCAAGUUGCACAGUGCAGAAGAGGCAAACAAGAAGCAGCAGUGGAAGUUUGGUGAGGCUUCAGACGCAGAAAGAGAUCAGAAACUGAGACUGAUUGAAAAAGAAAUGCAGGAGCAGGAGAUACUAAUUCAAGGCUACCAUCACGAAAAUGAAAAGUUGUAUCUGCAGAUGAAGGCUCUCCAGGCACAAAGUAAACAAAAUGAAGAGGCCAUGUUUGCAGAGAAUCAAAGACUGCUCUCUGAAUUAGCCAUCGCUAAGGAACAGUUAACUAAGAACAGUAAGCAGAAGACAGUGGGAAUUAUAGACCCUGCUGUCCAUGAAUGCAGUGUUACUGAACUAUUGGCUCAGGUGCAGGCUGCACAGAGAAGGGAAUCACUGCUGCAGGAAGAAAGCCGCAGGAUGAAACAAGAGAAGCAGGCUUUGCAAGUGGACUUGCAGAUGAUGAAAAAAGAAAGGGAUUUGGCAAGAGCACAACUGAUCUCUACCUCGGGUGAUAAAGGGUUUGAAUUGAAGCUGCUAGAGGAAAGACAUAAGGAAGAGGUGGCUGUGCUGAAAAAGAGACUGCAGUGGUAUGCUGAAAAUCAGGAGCUUCUGGACAAAGAUACAGCCAGACUCAGAUCAGCCAAUGCCGAGAUACAGAGUCUAACUGAGCAGGUGGAGAAGCUCAAAAUGGAAGUAUCCAAGCAACCUAACAAACAGCAGAAAAAAAUAAAGGAGAGGGCAGCAGAGGCCAAGAGAAUUCAGGAUCUUGAACGACAGGUGAAAGAAAUGGAGGAAAUUCUGCGCCGUAGGCACCCAAACUCUCUGCCUUCUCUGAUGUUUGCUGCAGCAGCUGCAGGUGGAGAAAGAGGUGGAGAAAAUGCUCCAUGUGCAGCUACUCAGCCCUCACAUUCUGCCGCCCUGCUGGAGAGACGCAUCCACAGACUGGAGGCUGAGCUCGAGGACCGUGACGAGGAAGCCAAACGCUCACUGAGAGCCAUGGAACAACACUUUCACAGGAUCAAGCUCCAGUAUGAGCAGCAGAUCUCUGAUUUGGAGCAAAGGUUAGCUGAGCAAGGACCAGAGUGUCACGAGUGCUCAUCUAAGAAGUCAGAGACUCAGUCCCACACAAUGCAGGAGGUAGAACACCUAAAGGAACUGCACCAAAGUGAAGUGAGCGCUCUAAAGGCCGAAAUAGCCAAUUUGAAGGAGCAGCUUCAACAGACUCAUUUCUCAGCGGAGCCAGAAAAGCCCUCACGACAUCAGAAACAAGCGGAAGCAGCACAUAUUGCCCGUAUGGAACGCCUCAACCAGGAGCUUACCACCAAGAGUCGGACCAUCCAGGAGCUGAAACGCACUGUGGAUCGACUGCAAAGAGAGAGAAAGAGCAUGUUAUUUAGCCCAAAAACUCAAACGUCUCGCACUCCGUCCAAACAGACAGGCAAGUAUCGCUUCCCAUCUACUCAGGAUGAAAAAGAAUAUCAGCCUGGGCUUUUCUCAGGUUUCCACAUUUCUGAGGUGCAGCAGGAGAAUGAAAUGCUGAGGGUCAAACAGGAGCAGCUGAAACAACAGUGUAAUAAUUAUGAAGAGGAAAGGGCCUCUCUUCAGGCUGCUGCCAAUCAGGCACAUGCUGAACUUCAGAGGGUUCAGGAACAAAACCUUGAACAGCUGACAUUACUCAAGGCUGAACACCAAAGAGAAAUAGAGCGUCUUAUCGCUGGCCAUGCCUUGAAGCAUUCCUCUUCCAAAAUAGCUGAACUCACAAAUCAAGUCAAAUCACAGGAGGUCAUGGUACUGCAUUUGCGUGAGCAACUGAAAGAGCUGCAAAGAACUAAAGAGGCUCUUGCAUUGUCUAAACUCCGUGAGGAGACACUACAGAACCAGCUGACUAAGCUUUUGGAAGAACUGAAACAGGCAAAGGAGGCCCAUAGUCCUGAGAUGAGACACUUUUCCAGCUUAGAGCACAAAAUCCAUACCAUGGAGCUCCGAUACAAUCAGCGUGAACAAGAACUACAGCAGAUGAUAGCUCAAGCGCGCUUAGUAGUGGAGCAGGAGCAGCAGGCAGAGAUAACACGCUGGAAAAGACUGGCACAGGGAAAAAUCAACGAGCUAGAGGUCUUCAGACAGGAGCUGGACUCCAUACUGGAUGUGCUUAUAGAGUUGCAGAAACAAGGUGUGGUGAUUCCUGCUUCACAAUGCGCCUCUGUUGCAGGCUCUAUAUUUCAGCCUCUCAAAUCAUGAUAUAGGGUUCUUUAUAAAAAAAAUUAUGACACUCACAUGUCAGGGAUAUGACAUAUUCUUCAGGAUGAAAUUCUGAACUAUUUGAAGACUAUGGUGAGCACUAGUCAAGAUAAAUAGACAUAUAGAGUUAUACUAGUUUAUGUUGGGGCUGAGUAAGUUGUGGACAUGGAUAUGGACAGUA